GGUUUGAUCGACCAAUCACGGAGGAGGAACUCCUUACUACAGUGAAAAGCAUGGCAAGCGGCAAGGCACCAGGGGAGGAUGGGCUCCCCCUGGAGUUUAUGAAACCUUCUUCUCAGUCUUUGCAGCGGACCUUGUAGGGCUAUUCAAUGAUGUCCUGCAGGGGGGCAGUCUGGGUAGAACAAUGUCGCGGGGGGUGAUCUCUUUGCUGUUCAAGAAAGGAGACCGCAGCGAAGUAAGGAAUUGGAGGCCAAUCUCCCUCCUGAACGUAGGCUAUAAACUUCUGGCGAAAACGUUGGCCAAUCACCUAGCCAAAUUCCUUCUGAAUUUGGUUCAGAGGGAUCAGGGUGCCUUCGUCCAAGGAAGGUCCAUUUUCGAGAACAUCCUUACAGCGAUUGAGGCUUUGGAAUUGGUGGACCGUGAAGAGGCGAAUGUGGCAGUCUUGCUCCUGGACCUUGAGAAGGCGUAUGAUAGGGUGAAUUGGCCUUUUGUUUUGACGACGCUGAAGGUGGUGGGCUUCGGCGACCAAUUUUGUAGCUGGGUGAAGGCCUUGUACUGUUUCUCAACGGCAGCUGUGUGCGUAAACGGACAAUUUUCGGAGGAAUUUUGCCUCACACAGUCUCUGCGGCAGGGAUGCCCCCUGGCUCCACUGCUCUUCGUGUUGCAUCUGGAGCCAUUGCUCUGUAACAUUCGCUGCCACCCUGAAAUCACAGGCCUGAUGCUCCACAACGGAAGAGAGAGUAGGGUUAAGGCGUUGGCUGACGAUCUCUUUGCUAUCUUGCAAAAUUCCUACCGAUCCUUAGACGCUCUGAAAAGUUGUUUGGUAAAGUUUGGGGAGCUCUCGGAGGCAGCAGUCAAUUGGAAUAAGUCAGUGUUCUUUCUUCCACGGAGGUUUUCUCUGAGUGUGCAGUGGGGAAUGGAGAGGGUACCGGAGGAAGCAGCAGAACGGUUCCUGGGGGUGCAAGUUGCUUUGGGAGAUUGCUCUUCCUCUCAGGAUCUGAUUCUACAGGAAAGGGUGACGAAAAGGGUCAGAAGUUGGGGGAGAGGGCGGCACCUCUCUAUUAUUGGGAGAGCGCUGGUAGUUAUGGUAUCAGCGUUUGCACUGCUAUGGUAUGUGGCGGCUGUUCGGCGAAUCGCCCCUAGCACACUUAAGACGGUCAGAGGUGUCGCUAGAAGGUUCAUAUGGAAACCUGACAGCAAAGAAGACACAGGCUUUAUUUCCAAGGUGGCCUGUGACUCGAUCUGCCUUCCAAGAGAAGAGGGGGGGCUUGCUUUGAUUGAUCCAGCUCUCCAAAACUCAGCCUUGUUGGGGAAGUGGUUAGUGAGGGUGGCUACUGGGGAUCAGGAAGCGGACUGGUUACUGUUGGCAGAGAUACUGUUGGCCAAGGACUGGGAGUUAGUUCGACCUCGGGACGUGUGGGUAGCCAUAAUGACCGACACUUUCUGUAGGCGGCGUCCUAACUCUAGGUUCUGGAGGGAUGUUCUCCUGGCCUGGAAGAAAGUUACACCGAACUUGCUCAGGCCGCCGAAGACGAAAGAGGAGGUCAAAAGAUGGCCGCUGUUCGAAAAUCAAUGGAUUACUGAUGAUGAUGGCCAAUGGUUUUCUCUGGAAAAAAAGCCAGGGAACUUCGCUCUCAGUUGGCUGAGAAAGGGGGUAUCUACGGUAGGGGAUUUGUGGGAUAGCUUGACCAAUCAAUGGAAAUCUCCUCAGGAGUUGAAGGUGGUGCUGGGGCAGCUCCCUGAGCAGGAAACAAGAGCGACUCUUUUGAGAAGUGCUAUCCCUGGGGAAUGGAAAGAAAUUCUGGGUCCGUCAGGUGUGGACAAACCAGGAACGUGGUAAAAGAGGGAAGACGGAGUGGAUAGCUUGUUCUAUAGACUUGAGAGUUGGACAGAGGAGGGGUUGGGGUAAAUGCUGGAUGGAGACUUACAAGCAACAAAAUUUGACACAGCCACAGCUGGAACGGGUGGGAAUGGAGCUGCAUUACGGGCUGGGCGGUUUCGUGGAGAUAAGAGUGACCCUUCAGCCUCCAAAGGAGGUAGGCUGUCCAAUGAUUCCGGCCUUGGUGUGUGGCGGGAUUCCUCUGAGGGAGCUGAGAAUAGACCCAGCCUGUUGGGGUUGGCCGUGGAACGGGAAGUCAGAAAUGGGGCUGGAUAAGUUGAACUGCGCUCUUCUUCAGAAAAUGAAAGUUGAACCGAUCG